UUCAACAGCUUCACAGAAAGCAUCCGAGGAGAUCCUGUCGGUAUUCAAAGUGAGACGUGUACUAGGAAGGAAAUAAAUAAGAGAUUCGCAUGAAGCUUUGUCACGCUAUAUUUUCAACUUUUGUUGUAUUCUUUGUGGCUAGUGGAGCCGGAGAAAAACAAGGCGAAUCUCAACUUCAACAAAUCUACGAUGAGUUAUCCAUUCUGUCUCGUGUAACCAACGCAAUAGCUCUACAGGCUGCAGCUCUAUCCAAAACUGUCAAAAUCCGUGAAGUGAUCACCGAGCUUCUGAAAGUUGAUAAUGGUAACUUCUCAAACUUGUUGAGCCUAGAUCCUGCACAUCUUGUCAAAAACCUUGACGAGCUUCACAAGAAAAGCCUUCAAGCUGUGAGUGGUUCCAAUGAACAGUUACAACAGGAUCUCAAAGAAAUGAUAGCGAUGAAUGGACUAUUGGCAGCUGUAGAGUCUGAAAAUUACACUGAAAAAGCAACAGUGAAUUCUCUGAUUGUUCUGAAAAAGGUUGAUGAGAAGAUGGAAAUUUGUGAUGAAAGUUUGAUCACAAUUAUGUUCAAUAUUUCUCAGGCAAUGAGUGGAGUUCCAUUUGCUGAAUCUGACGAGAUGAAAAUUUUCUCGUCAAUGAAAACUAUGAAAAAGGCGUUUUAUAAAUGCAUUUCCAAGUUUCCAGCAUUUAUGCAAAAACUAUAUGAAUACAACUAUCCGUUAUCUGGUUUCCUGGAACUCAAUGACACAAUGAAUACAAUUAAAGCAUUGAAUGAAUUGGACAUUGCAAACAAAAUUCCUAACAUGCUGCAAAAGUUCAAAACUCCAUUUUUGAAUAUUUUGGCUGUGGGGGACCACAGGAACAAAGGAAAUACUGGAAAACUGUUACAAUCUGCAAUAACACUUUUCAAAAAAACAGUUUACUCGAAUAGUUCAACACGCUUAUUUCUGACUGCUGGAUUCCCGGAGAGUGGAGACAUGAAACGUGUGGCAAAGGAUCUUACAAGUGAUUGGUUCAAAAAGAAAGUCUCGCGAGGAAAAAGCACAGCGGAACUGGAGACUGCUCUAAAGCCUUUUAAUCAAUUUGCUGAGAGUAUGGCUCAUGUGUUUAAAAGUUGGAACAAUUUUCGAGAUGAUUUUCAAACGGAUUCGGCUCUUUUGGCAACUAUCCCCGAUUUGUUGUCCCAAAUCGACGAUUACGACCGAAAUGUGGAUAAAAAAAAGUUUUUGGAGAAUUUUGAGGCGACAUUUCGAACUUGUUUCAAAAAUUACAAGAAUGCUCUUGACCAGGGUGAAGAAACCAAAUUUCUGAAAAACUUUUCCGCCGUGUAUCUGUUGGUUCGGUCUGUUCAGGCAGUAGAACAAUGGGCAUCUGAGAUAUCGACUAUGUUUGAUGAAAAAGCAAUGGAUGUGUACUUUGAAGAGCUCGAAAAACUAACACCUUCAAAUAUUAAGGAACAAGUUGAGAAAAUCACAAACUUCGACGAUUUUUUGAAAAUCAUCAACAAAUUUACAAUGCUCAAGUCCCUUCAAACGCAAUACGAAUCUGCCUACAAAACUAGCAAUUCGAGUGAACUUUCUCUUUCAAAAAUAAUCACUGAUGCUGGACUAGUGGACACAUCAAAGUGCCUUGAGAAAGAUAAAUUAGAUUCUUCAAAACUUUUGAAAAUGCUUCAAUUCAUGCAACACAUGAUGCAACUAGAUAUUGAUUAUUCAACUUUGAAGGCUAAUCUCGAUAACUUUUUUGAAUUGAAGAAGAAAAUGUUGGAGACUGAGAAAUUAGUGAAAGGAUUUACUUCAAGAAGUGCUCGAGCUGCAUCCAAUUCAGGAAGCCCGGUUCUCAAAAUCAAGGACUCACAGAAGCACGCGGAUCAUUUGGGAAAUGGCUUGCUAGCUAUUAAAAAAAUGAUAAUUUCUUUGAAGGAAAAGGCCACAAUUUUAAAGUCAACGAUGUUUAAUGCAAAAGCCAACCAGGAAAUAAGAGAGAAGAAUCCUAUCGACUAUAUCAAAGAGUUCUGGACAAAUCCUGGCCCAAGCAUUGAAAAACUUGUAUCUGACUUGGAAAAACUGGAACAAUCUUCAAAAUCCUAUCGUAAAGCUGAUUUGCUAACUAUCCGGAAAGUGUUUGAAGAUGGCUCCAAGAUUGUUGGAAUUCCCGAAGUGUUCUCAUAUAUUGACAGUCAGUUUGAGAAAAAAGGUAGUCAAUAUUCAAAUGAACGGAAGAUUACACAAGCGCUGAGCACGUUGGAUUUGAAUUUUGCAUCACACAAAGGAGCGUUGAGUGCAGCGUCGUUGAGUGUGGACAACUUGAAAUUGUAUUUUGAUGAUUUGUUCGGAUUGACUCCCAAAGUUUCUGUGCAAUCCGAAUCCACCUCUCCAAUCGUUGUUGUUCUUAUUUGUGUUGCAAUUGUCCUUGUUUUGGUUAUUCUAGCCAUAGUUGGCUAUGGAUUUACAUCAAAUGGAAGGAAUCAAUACAUUAAUCUCUACUUGUACUACUUUGGAAAAACUUCGGAUUAUGAGAAGCGAUGGAGAUACUCGUUAUUUAUGGACCGAGUUGAUGGGAAGAAUGUCUUGAUAGAUUCUGUACGUGAAAUCAAUGCGACUAACUUGCUCAAAGCUGUGAAAAGGGGCGCCUAUAUCAAUGUGUGCAACAAGUAUGGAAACACAGCUCUCCAUGUUGCCACCAGAAGAGGCUAUCAAAAUCUUGUAGAGAUCCUCAUCAAACACGGGGCUGAUCGUUCAUUCUUGAAUCCACAGAAUAAGACGGCUGAACAGAUGAUUCCGGUUAACUAUCAGGAAACACACAAAGAGAAGAUUGAACGAUUCAAAAGUAUUGAGUCUAUUUACAAUAAGUAUCGAAAGAAGAAGUUUAAGCUUUGUGUUCCCGAGAAGUUUCCCGUUAGUUCGUUCCAUAUUUACAUUGAAGAUAGGACUGAUGAUAAUGUGACCAAUGAGUUUACGACAAAGUUUCAAUCGAUUACCUCCGACGAAGCAAUGAUCACCACCACUCAUGUUGUCGUGAAAACUACUGAAGACGGAAUCCUCGAAACGGAUGAUUUGAACCUUUUAAUUUGGAUCUUCCACGGAUCAAUAAUUGUUAGGGAUACGUGGAUGGUUGAUUGCCUCAGAGACGAAAAGUUGAUUGAAAAAGACUGUGACUAUCUUGUCGAAAAAGUGAAAUACAAGGGAAUCAUCUACGAUACAGUAACCCAAUGGUCCAAUGCAAUGGCAAAAGCAACUACUCCAUUCUUGUACGGUGUUCAUGUGGCUCUCUGUAUGAAAAAUUGCCCAUAUUUGGCAAGUCUGACUGCAAUCAUCCAAGGCCAAGGAGGAACUAUGCUGGAUAAGUUCCCUGACAAAGAUGCCUUUAACAAAGGAUCCCAUCCCUACCUUCACAAAAAUCUUGGACCGAUCUUUCUUCUUCACGAUGGAACUGGCGACUUGGAUCUCUACAGAUCUGACCCAGACAAAAUGUUCACCCUUUUCACCGAGCAACAGUUUAUGGAUCUGCUGUUCAAACGGGAAAUCAAUAAAGAUACAAAUCCGAAGAUUAUUCCAGUGCUUGUCGACGAAGAAGAUUGAUAAUUGAUUGAAUGUAGAAUGAAUAUUUAGUUGAAGGAAU